AUGCGCGGUCUCCGGCUACCGGCCUGGGCCUCGGGCGUCAGCCCUCGGCCGGCCUUAAGAUCGCAAAGUGCUGUGCUUCGUGACAGCUUGCCUCUGGCAAGUCGAAGCUUUUCUCAAAUCGGCGAAUCCAACGGCGCCAACCGACUGUAUACCACUGCCUCAGGAACUCUUCGCGACAGAGUCGGUAGUUCUGUCCGACCAGCCGAGGUCCCCCUUCUGCUUCGCCAACAUAACUCCCAAUAUACCUCAUCUACAUCUCAAAUUGUUUCACAAAUACGGUCCUUGAGCUCAUCGCCACAUCUCUACCAAGCGAAACCGCCCUCGCCUUCCUCGCCACCUUCGAACAGCUCCCAGGCAAACACUCACCCGGUUCCGGAAAAGGACGGAGAAGAUGCCGAAGAUAAAGGGUUCGAGCUAUCGGAGAGGGCUGCUCAAGCUGCGCAGGUCAAUCUCCGGGCCAAGCUGGCCAAGGAUGGUACCUCGGGCAAGAAAUCCGGCUUCGCGGAAAUCUGGCGGCUGUUCAAGAUUGCGCGACCCGAAGCGAAGGCGCUCGGGUUCGCUUUCUUCUUCUUGCUGGUCUCUUCGUCUAUCACAAUGUCCAUUCCCUUCUCAAUCGGUAGAAUCAUGGAUGGAGCUACAAAGAGUGAAGAAGAGGGCGGUGGCAAGCUGUUUGGCUUGAGCAUCCCUAUGUUCUAUACUGCUCUUGGUGGAAUCCUGCUCGUGGGCGCCGCUGCCAACUACGGUCGUAUCAUUAUCCUCCGUAUCGUUGGUGAACGAAUUGUCGCGAGACUGCGCUCCAAGCUUUUCCGUCAGACUUUCGUUCAAGACGCCGAGUUCUUUGAUGCCAACCGUGUCGGUGAUUUGAUCUCUCGCCUGAGCUCGGACACCAUCAUUGUUGGCAAGAGCAUUACGCAGAACUUGUCUGAUGGUCUUCGGGCUGGUGUUAGCGGUGUGGCCGGGUUUACUCUGAUGGCCUAUACGAGUCUGAAGCUUUCCAGUAUCUUGGCCCUCCUACUGCCUCCAAUCGGUCUGGGUGCGCUCUUCUAUGGACGCUCUAUCCGCAAUCUCAGUCGCAAAAUCCAGAAGAACCUGGGUACAUUGACGAAGAUUGCUGAGGAGCGCUUGGGUAACGUGAAGACUAGUCAGUCAUUUGCGGGUGAGAUUCUUGAAGUCAACCGAUACAAUACCCAAGUGCGUAAGAUCUUCGACCUCGGCAAGAAGGAGUCUUUGAUCAGUGCGACAUUCUUCAGCUCGACUGGUCUGAUGGGCAACAUGACUAUUCUGUCUUUGCUUUAUGUCGGAGGUGGCAUGGUCCAAUCAGGAGCCAUCAGCAUCGGAGAGCUGACAUCAUUCCUGAUGUACACUGCCUAUGCUGGUUCCAGCAUGUUUGGCCUCUCAAGUUUCUACUCCGAGCUCAUGAAGGGUGUCGGUGCUGCAAGCCGAUUGUUCGAGCUCCAGGAUCGCCAGCCGACUAUCCAUCCAACCAAGGGUAUCAAGGUUGAGUCUGCACGGGGACCUAUUCGAUUUGAGAAUGUCUCCUUCAGCUACCCAACUCGCCCUGCGGUGAAGAUUUUCAAAGACUUGAAUUUUGAGAUCCCUCAAGGAACCAACGUCGCUAUUGUCGGUCCUUCUGGAGGUGGCAAGUCAACCAUUGGGUCCAUCCUGCUUCGAUUUUACAGCCCAACCGGAGGCAGAGUCCUCAUCAACGGAAAUGACAUCAAAGAUAUGAAUGCCAAGUCGCUCCGACGGAAGAUCGGUGUGGUCGCCCAGGAGCCUGUUCUUUUCUCUGGAACCAUUGCUGAGAACAUCUCUUAUGGCCGGCCUCAUGCCACGCGCUCCGAGAUUGUCGCUGCAGCUCGCAAGGCCAACUGUCAAUUUAUCAGUGACUUCCCCGAUGGACUUGAUACCCAUGUGGGAGCUCGCGGCGCGCAACUGUCCGGUGGACAGAAGCAGCGUAUUGCCAUUGCCCGUGCUUUGAUCAAGGAGCCGGAUAUUCUGAUCCUCGACGAAGCCACCUCUGCCCUUGAUGCCGAAUCCGAGACACUGGUGAACAGUGCCUUGGCCGCUCUUCUCCGCGGUAACAACACCACCAUCAGCAUCGCCCAUCGCCUUUCUACCAUCAAGCGCUCUGACACCAUUAUCGUGCUCGGACCUGAUGGCACAGUCGCUGAGCAAGGCUCCUACGAGGAGCUUAGCUCUCGCCCCGGCGGAGCUUUCACCAAGCUCAUGGAAUGGCAGAUGAGUGGCGGAGACCAAGUCCCUGCUCCUGCUACGCGGGCAGUUCCACCAGAGGAACUCUACAAACUUGAGCCUGAAGUAGAGGAGCAGGAGUUGGAAGAAGAGGAGGAGGUGGAGGAAUCAAAGUCCCAGAAAAAGGAAUAG